AUGGGUUUUGAGAACAUUGACAAUUACGUAAAUAUUCCCUCAAAGGACUCACACAUCUACAAAGAUGAGUGUGCGUUUACGAUGGCGGCUCCGGAUGACGAGAACGGAAUCUACAUCUGUCUCAAAAAUUUCAUUGCCGUAUCGCCUUCGUUGGUGAAAACAUAUUCAAACGCUUCAGGCAACAAGAUAUUUCUCCGCUACAAAAUAGCGAAGGUUCUGAAGCCAAAAGGUACUAAUUUCAGACGACUUUGA